AUGAAUAGAGAAAAAUCAUUAACUUAAAAAAUAUCAGACAAAGAAAAAGACCCUUAGGAAUUUUUUUAAUAUUAAAUAUACUCUUAACUUAAACAUAAAGGUUGGUGUCAAUCGAUGGCCUUUACAAAAGAAAAUUCCCUAUUGUUUGCUUAGUUUAAAACUUUAAUUAAAGUAUUGUGUAUUCAUGAAGGGGCAAUGAAUCAAAUUAGGAUGCUAUCAAGUCAUAAAACAUUUCUAACAACAAUUACUGUUUUGUAGCAAUUCAAUUCUCUGAUUUCUACAAGCGAAGAAGGAUAAAUUCAUGUUUGGUCAAUGGUUCCUAUUGCAAAACCAUUAAUUAUCAAAAAAUUUGAUGCCCCUUCAUCCUUAGUUAGUUGUUUACUUUACAAUGAAAGUUAUGAUGUUAUUAUAACUGGAAGUAAUAAUAAUAUAAAAUUUUGGAAGAAUCCAAUGAAAUGGUUACUCAUUUAAUCAAUAGAUGAUCAUAAAGGUGCUGUUUGGGCUUUAAGUUUGAAUUAAGAUGAGAACAAACUAAUAUCUUGUGGUUGGGAUAAGAUGAUAUUAAUUACAGAACGAUAAAAAAAUGAAAUUUGGGUUGUAGUUUAAAAGGUUGCUGUUAAGGAUUAUGGAUAUAGACUGUGUUUUCUUGAUGAUGAUUAUUUUUUAUAUUAACCUAUAUUUCAAAGAUCAAUAGGACUCUUUUCAAUAUUAAAUAAUGGUUGCAAAGUGGAAAAAAUUGCAGAAAAAGAAUUAGUUGAAAGGCAUACAGAAUGUAAUGCAUUUUUUCCAAUGUAAUUUGAAAAAAACAAAAAAAUAAUUUUGAAUAAGAUUGGUGAUAAGAUAGUGAUAUUAAAAGUGAAAGGAAAAGAAUAAAUACAAAUUGUAUAAUCUAUUAACUGUAAUUCUCAUAAUAUUUUUGGGAAGAUGAGCGAUGAUGGGCAAUUUCUAGUUAUUUGGGAUGAAAGUUCAAAUAAAUUAUAGAUAAGAAAACUUUUUAAUCAUUGA